GUGGUGGUGUGUGUAUUGGUACAAGUACUCAUGCUAAAAGACAUGCUGAUUGGCUGAGCAGGGCCCUCCCUCUGCUCUUUAUAGCUGCCACUCACCUGCAGGAGUAAAAUCAGCACACUCAAACUUUCUCCGUUCAGCUCGGAGCCCUACCCUGCCUGGGGUGAACAUGAGCAAUGAGUCCUAACUUGAGUGGACUGUUUAAGAGUGAAUGUUUUUUUUACUGUUGUAAAAAUGCUCGAAGCUCCCAGCUGGCCUGCAUUCCUCACAGGAGCGGACCUGCUGUGUGCAUCUACCACAGGGUCUCUACUGAGUGACGAGAAACUAGGCAGCAUUUUUUACCCCAGGAUUAACAGAACUCUUUGUUUUGCCUGCAAACAUCCUUCUUUUUAUACACCAUGGAGAGGAUGGAGCUGAAGAAAGUGUGUACUGAGGCGGAUGAUGACAGCAACGACAGCCUGGACGAGCGCUACUCUGGGCCCAGCAACUUAGAGAAGGCCACCAUGAACAGCCAGUAUCUUGAUGAAGAUGAUGCAGAGAGUCAGAAGUUUCUUGCAAAUGGAAUAAUGAAGAAGAAGAAGUUUGAGGAGUAUCAUGAAGAAUAUCACCCGGGUCAUGCCUCAUUUGGCAUGUCUGUGUUUAAUCUCAGUAAUGCCAUCAUGGGAAGUGGAAUCCUGGGCCUCUCUUUUGCGAUGGCCAACACUGGAAUCAUCCUCUUUUUUAUUCUCCUUUUCGCUGUUGCUAUUCUGUCGCUCUACUCCAUUCACCUGCUGCUUGUAACAGCUAAAGAAGGAGGCUCCCUUAUCUAUGAAAAGCUGGGUGAAAGGGCGUUCGGGUGGCCGGGGAAAAUGGCAGCGUUUGGGUCUAUAAUCAUGCAGAAUAUUGGAGCCAUGUCCAGCUACCUGUUCAUCGUGAAAUACGAGCUGCCAGAGGUUAUCCGAGCCUUUCUGGGACUAGAGGAGAAUUCUGGUGAGUGGUAUCUGAACGGGAAUUACCUGGUGGUAUUCGUGUCUGUUGGAGUUAUUCUACCCCUGGCCCUGCUGAAGAACCUGGGUUACCUGGGCUACACCAGCGGCUUCUCUCUCUCCUGCAUGGUCUUCUUUCUGGGCGUGCUGAUUUAUAAGAAGACCCAGCUCCCGUGUCCUUUGCCGUUCUUCUUCCACCACUCCACUAAUACGAGCCUAAACGGUUCGGAACUGAUGAAUCCGUACGCGUUGCUUAAUCACUCUGCUCUGAUGGAGUUUUCUCGAGCGGACGUGAGCAGCAGUCACCUGGACCCCCAUUCUACUGCUUUACCUGCGUCUGGCAUCCAUUACGCACCUCAUUCGGACGACUAUGAGGAAAUGUGCACGCCUAAAUACUUUGUGUUUAACUCCCAGACUGCUUACACUAUUCCUAUCCUGGCUUUUGCCUUUGUGUGUCACCCAGAAGUCCUUCCCAUUUACAGUGAACUCAAAGAUCGCUCUCGAAAGAAAAUGCAAACUGUUUCAAACCUGUCGAUUCUGGCGAUGCUGAUCAUGUACAUGCUGUCAGCACUGUUUGGUUACCUCACAUUCUACGAUAAUGUGGAGGCGGAGCUGCUGCACACGUUUACCAAGGUUUAUAAGUUUGACACGAUGCUUCUGUGUGUGCGUCUCGCCGUGCUGACUGCCGUAACACUCACCGUUCCCAUCGUCCUCUUCCCUAUUCGCUCUUCCAUCACCACGCUACUAUUUGCUGGGCGAGAAUUCAGCUGGAUCCGACAUAUCCUCAUUGCAGCCGCCAUCUUGUUUUUCAACAAUCUUCUCGUCAUCUUCGUCCCAACAAUCAGAGAUAUUUUCGGCUUUAUAGGCUCCUCUGCUGCCACCAUGCUCAUCUUCAUCCUCCCAGCUGCCUUCUACCUGCGCUUGGUGAAGAGCAUACCGUUCAGAUCCACCCAGAAGAUAUCAGCAGCCAUUUUCCUAAUCGUGGGCAUCAUCUUCAUGAUUGGCAGCUUGUCUCUCAUCAUUCUUGACUGGAUCCACAAUCCUCCUGGUUCUGGAGGUGGCCAUUAAACUGAGGGUUUAUUCAGACUGAGGGUUAUUAUUAUGUGACCGACACGUUGCAGAAGACCCUCUCAGCAUCACAGCAUUACAAACAGACAUUCAGCCAACGUGAUCUCUUUUUCUCUCUAUGUCUUUAUUACGUUCUUUCAGUGUCAUCACAUGCCAUUCUUUAAUACCGAGCACGCCACACUCUUUGACGAGGCAGUUGCACACGAAACUCCGCGUUCAGCUCUUUGGAAAAGAGAGAGAUAGAGAAGCAAAAAAAAAAAUUCUCAAGAGUCUCAACUGGCUGCCUCAGACACUGCAGAAGCAAAAAGGCCGCCGUGGUGCUUCAGGAGGUCAUCCUCACGAUGGAUACAGAGCACUUCUAGAUUGCGUUUCAAGAUUUUUAUGAAUGUUCACGAACAGGCACAAAUGACACCAACACACUUGUUAGCUAACACUAGGGUUUUUUUGUUGUUGUUGUUCGGUUUUUUGUUUGUUUGUUUUUUGUUUUUAUUUUAAGCACCAGAGAGCAUUUUAUUUUGUUUAGCAACAAACGUUGCAUUGCAUUUCUAUUACAUGUAAUUAGAACUUGAUAUUCAUGGUUUUUUUUCACUCUGAACAAAAAAAAUCUCUUUCACAGUUAAGUGGACUCACUGCCAUCGAUUUACACGUUGAUGGUCGGAGUUUACUUCAAUUUCCUUCGACUGUGUUUACAAUGUAAUGCUUAAACAAAACUUAGACAACUGACCUUUAUGCAGAAAUUGUACGAUUCUAUCAAACCCAAUGUAGGGCCUCGGGGAUCUUGUCCCUAAACGCUGAGUGUGAAUCCUAAAUGUCCAGCUUCAUUCCAGCUCUGAUAAAGUCACACCACACGAGCGAGGCACGGAAAUAGGACAGCUGGCUCUGACGUUUUUUUGGCUUUAGGUGAAAUCUGAGAGCUUGAUGCCAGAACAGGUUUCCAGUCAUCAGCUUCUGUGUGAACAGUAUCGGUGCUACAGUACUAGUAUUAAACGAGUGCUUCGCUAAAGUUUUGUUAAAUUCUGUCAGAGCAGACGGGAAGAACGCUUCAGGAUCUCUCACACCGUACUGUACAUCCACUCAUAUCGCUCUCCAGGGGUUAUUUUCUGAAUUGGUGGUGGUGCUGGGCUAUAAAUCAGGGCACCAAAUUCUUAUUCUGUUGUCCCUCAAAAAAAAAAAAAAAGAAAACAUUGUAAGUGUCGUCUUACUUCAGCUGGGUUCAGUAAUAAUAUCUUCAGUUUUAUAACAUCCCCCAAACGUCAUCUAUUUUUGUUUUUUUCUUUCACGGUGUCGUCCCACGCCGCUGUAAAGGUUUAUUCAUCAUGUCAGAGCGGAGCUGUGUCCUCAUGGGGUGCAGAGACCAAUAGACAACAAACCAAACACUGCUGAAUUGACUGUUUUGUGCUUUUUUUUUGUUUUGUUUUUUGGUUUGUUUUUAAUCCCGCCAAAGUGGACAGUAUUUAUAGAUCCUUUGUUGAUCUACAUAGACAUAGAGAGAUAUUUCGAAUGAAAUGGUAUAUUUUGUGCAUGUUUUGGAUCAUGGUCUUUUUUGACAGUUGUAUAUUCUUUGUAAAUAAUCUACUAGAAGGAACACUUCAUGAGCUUCUUCAGGGAAAUGAGGGAAAUCAUCUCAAGUGUUUACUCAUAGACUUUUAUGUAUUUUAGUUCUAUUUUUUAGUCAAUUAACUUUCUUUCUUUCUUACUUUCCUUUCUUUCUUCCUUUCUGUCUUCCUGAGCUUGCUUUGUAAAUUUUGUGAGAAAAAUGUAAUAUUCUAUUUCUGUUAUUUAGUCUCCUGCUCGGUUGUUUUUAUCAAUGAACAAAUAGUGUUUUUUACGCUACUGCUUUGGUACAGAACAGAAGCAUGAGCGGCUGUACUGCAUAUGGCUGAAGAUCAUCUCUUGCUCUUCCUUUAACUCCUUUUUGUACACUUUUUGUACACCCUGUAAUGCCUUGAUCAUGGGGCAGGGUCCAGUUCACUUAAAACGGUGGAUAAACACUGAGUCAUUUUGCGCACUGUAUGUCAGGCUGUGGUUGGUUGUAUGUGUGGUUGUGUGUGUGUGGUUGUGUGUGUGUGUGCUCAGUGUCUGUCAGUGUCAUGCUGGAUGGGCUUUAGCUCUGUGCCUUGACUUUCCCUUCAGGUAUUUUAAGGGAGUCCAGCUUCAUUUGUAAAGGGGUUCAGUACUGAUUUUUUCCCUAAUACCUCAGAAUGACUCGUUUUUGGAUAUUUAUUGCUAUACUUUGCUGAUUUGCCGAUUGUGACACAAAGUUGGAACCUAGAAGCCCCUCCACAGAUGAAGCUCAACCCCACAGCUAGAGCUCUACUUGUCUCUUCAACUCUUCUACCUGAGAGCCAUCAGACCCACGAGGAGCAUUUGCUUGCCAUUAGCCAAGCCAGCUCUGCUUCCUGUGGAUCAACCGUCCGUGAUUUGCAUAUUUACUGUCAAAGGGUUGUUGGUUUUUUUUGUAUCAUUGAAGGUGUUUCAAUAAUAUAAAAAUGAGAAACUUC